AUGGCCAAGGAAGCCACUGCUAAGACCGGCCUCGCCGUUGGCCUCAACAAGGGUCACAAGACCACUGCUCGUGUCGUCAAGCCCCGCGUCUCCCGCACCAAGGGCCACCUGAGCAAGCGCACCGCCUUUGUCCGCGAGGUCGUCAAGGAGGUUGCUGGCCUCGCUCCCUACGAGCGCCGCGUCAUUGAGCUCCUCCGCAACUCGCGCGACAAGCGCGCCCGCAAGCUCGCCAAGAAGAGGCUCGGUACCUUUGGCCGUGCCAAGAGAAAGGUCGACGAGCUCCAGGCCGUCAUUGCCGACUCCCGCCGUACCGCUCAUUAA